CCCGAUCGACGCAGCUAAUUAUACAACGACGAGGGGCUAUAAUUGGCACAGAACCAACACGCCCCCCUCGACGCCGUCAUCACUUCUUUCGCCUCCCACACCAUAAGCUCAAAUACGUCAACAGAUUGCCCCCGCGUUACCACCGCCUCCGCUGGUCUUCGGCACGAAGCGGCAGAGGUCGGGUUUGCCCUUGUCGCCCUCGUUGCGGCGCAAAACGUCCACGGUAUGCAUCCUCCUGAACUUUUGGGUUGGUCACAUCCUCGGCGCCAUCGUCCUCUUCCUCGUCUUUGUCGACGCCACGGCCAACAACUGGGCAAUCAACAGUUUGACUGGCGACGCGCUGCAGUUUCGCACCCCCGUCGCCCCCCUGUCGGCCGCGGCCGACUUGACAAACCACUACACUUUUGCACGUGGACGUUCGCUCUCGAAUCUGUCGUUCGUUGGCCGGUGGAUGACGUUGAUCUCGGUCACCAACCUGGCGAUCGCCAGCUCCGACGUGUAUAUCGUGACGGCGGGGUCUUACUCCAUCGCGGGAGCCAUGAACUAUUGUGCCGGUCUGAAAGGCAACUACUCGGUGCCAGACCUGUCGAUUCCAGUCCGAUUUGCGGCUGUCGACGACGGUGUUACGUUCCUCCGUGGCAACGCGCUCACUCACUUCUUUACCAACGACACCGUCAACGACCUGCCGUCCAAGACGUCGACGAUGGCUGACUUGGCGGUGCUCGGGUUUCACGCGGCGCGCAUUCAAGCCGACCUUCGCAUGACCACGGCGCUGGUCAUCAAGAACACCUCGAGUGUGCAAUCGAUCGCCCUUCCAUCCUACCGCAUCUACAGCAAGAGUUUUUGCACAGGGUGCAUUCCCAUGACAACGAUGGGCCGUGGGGCGUGCAACAUGACGGUCAAGUACGUCCACGCGACGAAAACCGUCGAAGUGUCAGACAGCUUUUCCAUUCCUGGCUCCAUGUACGAUUUCGGAUUGAUGAUGAGCUGGGGUGUGCAUGACACGAUUGGAACCUUGCUCAAGUACUGCGCGCUCUUUAUCGCGACGGCGGGGUACUUGGCCAGCCGCAAGACGAUUCAAUGGCACGACCCCGACAAGAUUGACACUGUCACGACCAAACUUGUCGACAUGGUGUUUCCCAAGUGUUUGCCGCACUUGAGCCACGCGAUGCGGUUCGACUUGUUUUGCUACAACAGCGACAUGUUUGUCCUGCUGAGCGUUGCGAGCAACGUCCUAGACAUGGACAAGGGCAUCCAGUACAUCCGGGAAGUGAACUCGUUCAAUUCGCAGAGCCCCCAAUGGGCCAUGAUCAUUCAAUUGCUCGCGCUGAGCACGCGGCUCCUGUGGCUCAAUCUGGGCCUGGUCAAAGCGGCCAAGGUACUUGUUCGCCUUGUGUCAUCUUCCUCGUACUGCGGUGAAAAUCAAGUGAUGAAGUUGCUCAACUUUAGCAGUGUCACGACGCUGUACUUCAGCGCGGUGCUGCUCUUUUACGUGCCGCCGUACGUCGAGUACAACAACUCGGUCCGGUGGGAUGUCUCGAAUCGGAUUGAAAAUCUCGAUGGGUGCUCCAUCCCGUCGUUCUCGAGUUUCUACUAUCGCACGGCCCCGGCGAUCGCGAUCGGGUUGACGCUAAACGUUGUCGCUGUCCUCGCUGUGGACCACAUCGUGCUUUUCAAGCGUUGGCGCGCGUUGGGCAGCAACAGCCUCGGCCGCCAACUCAUGUACAAUUCGACCAGUGUCUCGUGCGAUUUCGUGUUUGACUAUGCGAUCGAGCCCGACGGCGCAUGUGUGAUUCGAUGCAAGGCUCGAAUGCUCAGCACGCUGCAGUGGUACUUUAUGACGCACAUGCAGUGCUUUUGCUUACCCGAAAAGUACGCGAGAAAGUCGAUGGUGGCGUCGAUCGAAGCCGUGAAACGCGCCGAAGGCGCGGCGUGCGAGUCGAACGAGGUGCUGCAUGCGAUCCACCAAAGCGAAGGGGGGCAUGUCCACCUCCUCGACGACGCACUCGCUAACGUCGACGCGCUCGCGUUCAAAACCAAAGUGCUUGAGAACGCGACCGUCUCGAUCCACUAACGGUCUAAAUACCAACGUGCUAGUUGCUCGAGCGAAUCGAGCAAUUGCUUGCCCUACCGAGCGCUUCGGUGACUCGUUGUCGAUCCAAUCUUCU